AUGUCGUCGGCAGCUCUACAGUCAGCCCCCCAUCAGCCAAUCGCUCUGCCUUCGGGCCCGGUGCCUUCUUCCAAUCUUCAAUACGGCUCACCACACUCUUCCCCCGGCCGGGAGCCAUACGAUGCUCAUCGAGCUGUAGCCUCAUCGCCCUCCUCGAAACGGCCCCCUUCCCGCAAGACGAGCGGUGGCGGUGGCGGUAGCGGCUCCCCUUCUGCUGAUCAAACCGUCCCAAGAUCAAGUCGGCACAAUAGUUCUGCGCCGCUACCACAUGAGCAUCGUCCCUCCCGAUCUGAACGCCCAGCCAACAUGCCUCCAGUUGCUCCUCCUCGGACGUCUUCUUCCACUCAGCAACUUGCGAGUGGCCGAAGAAUACACCAUCCCAACGACGCGACCGGCAGCUCCCAACGUCACAAUCAGGCGGAAGGACCACGAAGUGGCUCGCGUGGUGACACAAAUGGCUACUCGGAUGCCCCAAGGAGCAAACGAAGCGCCAAUUCUCACCAGCCUCAGGAUCAGCCUCGCCCUUCCAGCAAUGCAGAUGAGAGAGCUGCGGAAAUGACAAUACCCAUCCGCAACAACCCGACGUCGAGCUCGAACUUCGUACACGAUCCUAAUGACAACUUCAUCCGCGUUGUUUCCACUUCAGAGGACCCGACUGGCCGGGUAGACCACCAUACCUCGUCGCAAGAUCAUCAGGAUGCUGCACAGCCACCUGUUGUACCUAUGAAUGCUCCGACCGAAGAACGUCGUGGCGGCCGCAGCCGGCAUGACCAUAGUCGCAGCCACAAAGGAACCACCAAAUUCGGAGACUUCAUUCUGGGGAACACAAUCGGCGAGGGUGAAUUCGGUAAGGUGAAGUUGGGCUGGAAGCAAGAUAGCAGCGUACAGAGAGACACUGUUGGUGGUAACCCUUCACGACUGGGCAAAAUCCGACGCGAAGUCACAAUUCUGCGAGGCGUGCAGCAUCCUAAUAUCGUACGAUUAAUAGACAUGAUAGAGACCGAUAGAUACAUCGGAAUCAUCCUCGAGUAUGCUUCCGGAGGCGAACUUUUUGAUUACAUUUUGAAUCACCGAUAUCUGAAAGACCACUCAGCGCGUCGCUUAUUUUCACAACUAGUUUCUGGAGUUGGCUAUCUGCACAAGAAGGGCAUCGUUCACAGGGAUUUGAAGUUGGAGAAUCUGUUGUUGGACCGUAACCGAAACAUCAUUAUUACCGAUUUUGGCUUUGCCAAUACUUUUGAUCCCAACGAAGAGCUCACAGACGAUGAAGAGUCCAACCUGGGAGACCGGGAUAAAGUCAAGAGACUGGGUCUGGAUAAAAUCAAACCCAAUGGCAUGAGAAAAGGCGACCUCAUGCAGACAAGCUGCGGAAGUCCAUGCUACGCUGCGCCCGAGCUCGUAGUCAGCGACUCCCUCUAUACCGGCCGAAAAGUUGAUGUCUGGAGUUGCGGUGUCAUUUUGUACGCCAUGUUAGCAGGCUAUUUGCCAUUCGAUGACGACCCUGCGAACCCUGAAGGCGACAACAUUAACCUGCUCUACAAGUACAUAGUUUCUACCCCUCUCACAUUCCCCGAAUAUGUCACACCACACGCACGAGAUCUACUGCGUCGAAUUCUAGUUCCCAACCCCCGAAAGCGAGCCGAUUUAUUCGAGGUCGCUCGUCAUAGCUGGCUGAGCGAAUAUGCGCAUGUUGUCGAGUUCAUUACCAGCUCCACCACACUGCCCUCGGACGUCCAGAAUGCGACCACGAUGGCCCAGGAGUUCGUCGACGCUCCCAUGGUGACGAGGAGCGCCUCUGUACGUGAGGCACCGAAACACAAGUCUCCUUCUCAGGCUGGUGUUGGUGGCCUUGCCAAGGCACAUGCAAAGAUUGACCAGGAGGCUGAGCUGGCCUAUCGCACACCCAAAGAUGCUAAACGCCGAACCGUUCAGGUCGAAUAUGUUGCACCAACAACGCAAACACAACGUGGGGGAGAUCCCGCUGUCUCGCGGCCGCCAGUGUCGCUUCACCGGGACUACGACGAUGUCCGCCCAACGUCUUCAAGAGACAAAACUCUACCUCAGGGUUCUCCAGAUGUACAUGGCAGAUCAUCUCAAUCGAAGCGACCGCCGAGUGCUCAUACCACGACUUCAGCACGUCCGCGUGAGGUUCGUGCCGCGACGGACAACGUCUACAUGACUGGAGCCUCAACUACAGCCAGACCUCAGACUGGAGGCUCUAUGCAAUCAGCUGCCUCAAUGAGCUUGCAAGCACGAGGCAGCUAUGGACAGCCUGCCCCGCCAGCUGUAGCAGACACUAAUGUUCAGGGCCGUAUACAGCAACCUUCGAAUCCCGACGACGACGACGCCAUGGGCCGAACAAGUAUGAGUGUGCCACCCAAGUUUGCUAGAAUGUCUGGCUUCCAUGAGGUGCGAAGUAGUGACGGGAGGGGCCAUAAGAGAUCAAGCACGAUAGGAGACAUUGGUUCAAAGCUCCUCGGCCGUAGUGGAUCCGUGUUUGGCGGCCGAAAUAAGAAGAAAUCAGAACAGCAGCAACCUGAAAAGUCGAAGAAAUAUCCGCCUGUAAGCAUGACCAAUGCCAUAGCGCAAGGAGAAGAGCAAAUGGGCAGGGCGUCGGUAGAUUCCAGGUCGUCUCGUCGGUCAUUCUCCUUGGGCAUUGGCAAGAAGAGGAGCGGCAGCAUCGCAGGGUCCCAAGGCUCUGGUGACAAGAAGGAGAGACGGCGGUUCUCUCUGCUACCGGCUUCUUUUUCAUUGAAAUCUAUUGGCCUAGGCAAGGAGUAUUCAGAGCCUGCCUCAUCCGAUGUGGGAUCUCAUACGGAUUUGCCUAUUCAAUCAGGCCGACUGGAUCCUCCGAGAAGCGUUACCGCCCCAGGUGAUGCAAGAGGAAGCACGCCCUUUUUUGACAAUGUGCAAGAAACAGCUAGCUCGAGUCCUGCCUAUCACCAGCGUUAUGCCUCGGCGCAACUGGAUAACCGUCGACCCAACGCAAUUCCUCCAUAUAUGCAAUCUGGAUCCCACUUUAACAGCGGGUCUGAAACGUCGGUAGAGAUCCGUCGGCCGCCUACGGAGCCGCAGACGAGAUCCCACAGCCACGGCUUCUUUGACGUCGAGGGUUACGACAAUAAGCGAGCCAGCAGCAGCCGGGGACAGCGAGGCGCUUUGCAGAAGAAUCACAAGCGAUUCACAGAUGCGUAUGACCAAGAUGAAUAUAGGGGACAUGAGGGAAGCAGUGGGGCCGCGAAGCGAGUCAUGGAUUUUUUUAGAAGACGAGGCAAGGCUCGAGGUGGCGAUGAGAGGUGA